GAAGUAAGCAAACAAUUAAAUUAAUGGAAGGCACACAUAAAAUUUUUGCUCCCAAAUUAACCCACUUCUUUGAACAAAGAAGUCAUGGCUACUAUUAUUGUCCCAAAAUCUUGCCUACAAUUAGGUACAAAACCACCAACUCAAAAAUUAUGAGCACUUCAACAACAAAAUAUAGACGUUCUGCUGGAUAUAAACCCAGCAUUUGGAAUCUUGAGUUCCUUAUUGAUGAGUCUUCUAAAAGAGAUCGUUAUGUCCAUCAACCGGAUGAUGAGUACGUAAACAUAGUAAAGAGACUAAAAUGUGAGGUGAAGAAUUUGAUGGUUGAUGAAGAAUUGGAACCCUUGGUGAUUUUCAAGAUAGUCGGUGAAAUUCAAAGAUUAGGUCUUGGAGAUUAUUUUGGCAAAGAUAUAGAGAGUGCACUACGUAGAUUGGCAUGCAAAUUUGGUGAUUUGGAACUUGAUCUUCAUGCUACUGCUCUUGGGUUCACACUUCUUAGACAAAGUGGAAUUUUUAUUUCUCAAGAUAUCUUCAAGCAAUUCAUGGAUGAAAACGAAAACUUUAAGCCCUCUUUAUGCAAUGACAAAGAAGGGAUGAUAAGCUUAUAUGAAGCCUCAUAUUUUGGAUUUGAAGGGGAGCAUCUGUUGGUUAAGGCCAAAGCUUUCACCAAGGAGUAUCUUCUAUCUAAUAAUAAUAAUCAUUCCAAACAAGAGGAUAAACUCAUUGUUGAUGAUGAUGUGAAUCACACAUUAGGGCUUGCAUUACGAUAUAGAAUGCCAAAGCUUGAAGCUAGACUCUACAUCGAGACUCAUCCUAAGGAUGUUGAAACCGCCUUGCUUCAACUUGCCAUGCUCGACUUCAAUAGGGCUCAAUUGAUGUAUCAACAAGACCUCCACGAGUUGGCUAGGUGGUGGAAGGAUCUUGAGCUAUCAGAGAAAUUGAGCUUUGCAAGGGAUAGACUAAUGGAGUGCUUAUUUUGGGGCAUAGGCACAUUACCUAAGCCUGAACUUAGCUCCGGUCGAAAGGCUUUAACUAGAGUCUUUAAAUUCAUCACUAUUAUUGAUGACAUCUAUGAUGUUUAUGGGACCAUUGAUGAACUUGAGCUCUUUACCAAUGCCAUUGAGAGGUGGAACAUUAACGCUAUUGACGAGUUACCAGACUACAUGAAAGUAACCUUCCUAGCUUUGUACAACACUGUUAACGAGAUUGGAUAUGAAAUUCUCAAGCAAAAGGGUUUUAAUUGCAUCCCUUACCUUAAAAGAUCAUGGGAAGAUAUGACAAAAGCAUUUUUGGUGGAGGCAAAAUGGCUCCAAAAUAGCCAAACUCCAACAUUUGAAGAAUAUCUCAACAAUGGAUGGGUUUCAGUCUCAGGAGUCGUAGCAUUAACACACAUAUUUUUCUUCGUGAGUCCACAAAUUACUCCUGAGGCACUUCAUUGCUUAAGAAACAACCAUGACAUUUUACGUUUACCUUCCAUGGUCUUUCGACUUUCCAAUGACCUUGCCACUUCUGAGGCUGAAAUAGAAAGAGGAGAAACAGCAAAUGCAAUAUCAUGUUAUGCUAAGGAAAAAGGUGUAACAAUGAAAGAUGCGCGUAAACACCUAAGCAAUUUAAUCGACGAAAGCUGGAAAAAGCUAAAUGAAAUUCAAGUAUUGAAUGAUACUCCAUUUUCGGUUGAUUUCGUAGAAGCAGCCAUGAAUCUUGCUCGUACAGCUCAAUGCGCGUACCAACAUGGUGAUGGUCAUGGAUCGCCUGAGCUAAUAAAGAAGAAAAUUCUAUCUCUCAUAGUUGAUCCAAUCCAUUUAUAAGAUGUAUGUUUAGCACAAUUUAUAAGAUGUAUGUUAAAUAAGGAUUUGCACACUCAAUACAUGUAUUGUUUUGAGUUUAAUUUGUAUUAUUAGAAAAUAGUGUAAUAUUGAAGAAAGUUGUCUAUAGUGUGCUACACGCCUACACUUGUUCAAAUAUGACAAAUAAUACAAGUGAUGAACUUAUUCACAUAUGACGAAUAAUAAAAGUGAUGCACU